CCCACAAUUCCUUGCAGCACACCAACAUGGCAGCGUAGUGCUUGAAUGUUUUCAACAAUGUUAGCUUGGUUUACAGUUGUUUUCCUUUUCUCGGGCUCCUUGUCCGCCUCGGACAGUAAAGCCCCACGGGAUGCUCACAGCCCCACUGAGAAGCACCUGCUGUGGAUCUGGCAGAGCAGAGUCUACAUCUAUUCUGCUGCUGCUCUGCUGCUGGGGUUCUGCUUUUUCCUGCAGGUUGCACGAAGGAAGAUCAACCAUGCAGAGGAUUCUGGUUCAAAGGAACCCAAAGCUGCCAGGAACCACAAGAGCUCAGAGAAAGAAGCCGGUGUUCAUGUUUCAGGGGUUAAGAUCUUUUAUGGCUCCCAAACUGGAACCGCCAAGGGGUUUGCCUCAGAGCUUUCAGAGGAGGUGCAGACUCUGGGAAUCCCAGUGGAGGUGAUUGAUAUGAAGGACUACGAUCCAGACGAUCGACUGGCAGACGAGUGCGUCAGCAGGUCAGUCUGCGUGUUUCUCAUGGCCACCUACACCGACGGACAGCCCACGGAGAACGCCGAGUGGUUCUGCAAGUGGCUGGAAGAGGCCUCCACCGACUUCCGAUACGGAAACACCUUCCUCAAAGGCCUCCGAUACGCAGUGUUCGGCCUCGGCAACUCGGUCUACGUUGGUCACUACAACACGGUGGGUAAAAAUGUCGACAAGUGGCUGUGGAUGCUGAGCGCCCAGCGCAUCAUGAGCAGAGGGGAGGGCGACUGCAACGUGGUGAAGAGUCGGAACGGCAGCGUUCAGGCCGACUUCCAGGCCUGGAAGGUGAAGUUCCUGAGCCGCCUGAAGGUCCUGGCCAGAGGAGAGAAGAAGAGCUGCAGCGGGAGCUGCAAGAGCCGAGGCUCCUGCAAGAAUGAGAGGAAGCACAGAGCAGACGAGGAGGAGAACGCCGCGUCGCAGGAUAACGGCUCGGAGGCGGAUUUGAUUGAGUCCAGCAGCGAGGAGGAAGACUCUGUCUUGGCGGAGGACAAAAGGUCACGUUCUGUGGUAGACGUCGAGGAUCUGGGCAACAUCAUGAAUAACGUCAAGAAAGCAAAGGGAGUGAAGGAGGAUCAAGUCAACGGCCAGAUGGUGAAGCUCUCCAAACUGAACGGAGUGACAAAGGCUGAAAAUGAAGAGGAAAGACGGGAGAUGAUCACCCCUGCUCUGAGGGAAGCGCUGACUAAGCAAGGAUACAAAUUAAUUGGAAGUCACUCUGGAGUGAAGCUUUGCCGAUGGACCAAGUCUAUGUUACGAGGGAGAGGAGGUUGUUACAAGCACACGUUCUAUGGUAUUGAGUCCCACCGCUGCAUGGAGACCACCCCCAGCUUGGCCUGUGCAAACAAGUGUGUCUUCUGUUGGAGACACCACACCAACCCUGUGGGCACAGAGUGGCGCUGGAAGAUGGACCCCGCAGAGAAAAUCCUGCAGGAUGCCCUGGAAAAGCACCAGAACAUGAUACGGCAGUUCAGAGGGGUCCCUGGAGUGAAGCCUGAGCGGUACGAGGAGGGUUUGGCUGUCAGGCACUGUGCCCUGUCCUUGGUGGGCGAGCCAAUCAUGUAUCCGGAAAUCAACACCUUUCUUCGCCUCCUCCACGCUCAUAAAAUCUCCAGUUUCCUGGUAACAAAUGCACAGUUCCCAGAGGAAAUCAGGAACCUGGUGCCAGUGACUCAGCUGUACGUCAGCGUGGACGCCAGCACCAAGGACAGUCUGAAGAAGAUCGAUCGGCCGCUUUUUAAGGACUUCUGGCCUCGUUUCCUUGACAGCCUCAGGGCUUUGGGAGAGAAAAGACAGAGGACCGUUUACAGACUGACGCUGGUGAAAGCCUGGAAUGUGGAGGAGCUGCAGGCCUACUCAGAGCUCAUUGCACUGGGACAACCCGACUUUAUUGAAGUUAAGGGUGUGACGUACUGCGGGGAAAGCUCUGCCAGCAGUCUGACCAUGGCCAACGUUCCCUGGCAUCAGGAGGUGGUCGCCUUCGUCCAGCAGCUGGCCGACAUGCUGCCUCAGUAUGAGAUCGCCUGUGAGCACGAGCACUCCAACUGUUUGCUCAUUGCACACACAAAGUUCAGGGUGAAUGGCGAGUGGUGGACAUGGAUCGACUACGAGCGUUUCCAGGAGCUGGUCCAGGCUCACCAGGACAGCGAGGGACAGCAGAGCUUCUCUGCCUCAGACUACAUGGCCAAGACGCCCCGCUGGGCUCUGUUUGGGGCGAAGGAACAGGGCUUCGACCCCACCGACACGCGCUUUCAGCGCCGCAACAAGAUCAAAGACAUCUCUGGAUGCUGAUUCUAAACACGAAAUAUUUCAGACGGCAUGAAUGAAUUCAACUAUCAGGGAUGCCUUAGUGAAACAUUAUUCAGUAAUGGCUUUUAUGUUUUAUCUUUAGACAAUCUGUGAAUAUUCUUCCUUCUUGUAUUUGGGUCUUUAAAUGGAUUUUCAUCACAGCUUGAUGAACAUAAAAACUACUAACUGUUGUGUCCAUUUUCACUAACUUUGCUUUUAUUGUUUUCAUCUUUUUCAUGGACGUGCAUAGAUAGUCUGUUCAGUUUUUAAUCUUUAUUUGUCUAGAGUUGAUUUCUCACCGUUAAGCUGUGUUGUUCUUUGUCUGGAAAGACAAAUGUGUCCCGGUCUCUCUUGCUCUUUGUCUUUAGAACAGCAGCUGUGCUUCUUAAUUCAAGUAUGAUUGUAACAGAUUAACUCUGUUGUCUUUUUUACAAAUUUCAGUUUAAAAGUUACAUCAGUUUUUCCUCUCUGGGUUUUCCAGAAAGUAGGAUCUUUCAAAUCGUUCAUCUACUGUUAGAUGGGUUUUAGUUCCAGGUUCCACAUUGUUUCUGGUUUGUUGUCCUCUAAAGAGAGCUGGAUUUGGAAGAAAAGGUGUAAAAUGUUAAUUUCUAUUUGUUAGUUUUUGUUGUUUUUGUUAGCUUUGUUCAUUCCUAGAGCUAGUCUCUGAAUAGUCGUGUACGACCAGAAAUAAACACUUGACUUUCAGAACCGGUGCAAACAUGGUAACUGCUGAUGUACAGCGAUGAUCAGAACUUUACAACAUGAGCCUGAACAUCAAUGAUUUAGUGUUUUUAGUUUUUUAGAAAUGUCCUUCGUUUCCAGGGAGGAAUGAUUAAAAUAAAAUACGCCUACA